GAUCUGUCGUUGCCUAUUUUACGUCUGCAAAGUUUCUUCUUUAUCUCGGCCAUGCACUGUCCACUUGGGGAGAUCGUAUGUGGCAUUUUGCUGUGUCUGUAUUCCUGGUUGAACUGUACGGAAACAGUUUACUGCUGACUGCAGUGUAUGGACUGGUCGUGGCGGGGGCCGUUUUUCUUCUGGGAGCCCAUAUUUGGGUGGACAAGAACUCCAGACUCAAAGUGGCCCAGACGUCCUUGGUUGUACAGAAUGCAUCUGUCAUCCUGUGUGGUAUUAUCCUGAUGAUUGUCUUCUUGUUUAAGACACAGCUUUUGACCUUAUACCAUGGAUGGCUUCUUACAAUGUGCUAUAUCCUGGUUAUCACAAUAGCAAAUAUUGCCAAUUUGGCCAGCACUGCCACAGCGAUCACAAUUCAGAGGGACUGGAUUGUUGUGGUUGCUGGGGAAGACAGAAGCAAACUGGCAGAUAUGAACGCCACAAUAAGAAGAAUUGAUCAGUUGACCAAUAUCCUGGCCCCAAUGGCAGUUGGUCAGAUAAUGACAUUUGGCUCCCCGAUGAUUGGCUGUGGAUUCAUUUCUGGCUGGAACCUGAUGUCGAUGUGUGUGGAAUAUCUACUGCUCUGGAAGGUUUAUCAGAAAACUCCUGCUCUGGCUCUCAAAUGUGCAAAAGUUGAAGAAUCGGAACUGAAACAGCUGAAUGUAAAGAAAGAGAGCGACAUGAAACCUGCCGAAGGAGUGCAGUUAAUUGUUGAGAAAGAUGUAACUGGCUUUGAGCCCCAACAGGAGAAGGAAGUCAGCUGCGCUGCCCGGAUUGCUGAACCUUUCAUCACGUUUCGUGAUGGAUGGGUUGCAUACUACAACCAGCCAGUGUUUCUUGCAGGCAUGGGUCUUGCAUUUCUGUAUAUGACUGUUUUGGGCUUUGAUUGUAUUACUACAGGCUAUGCGUACACUCAGGGUUUGAGUGGCUCUGUGCUAAGCCUCCUGAUGGGUGCUUCGGCAGUCACUGGAAUCAUGGGAACAGUAGCUUUCACUUGGCUUCGUCGCAAAUGUGGCCUGGUUCGCACGGGCCUUAUUUCUGGAGUUGCUCAGUUUGCUUGUCUGCUCUUAUGUGCCAUCUCUGUGUUCAUGCCUGGAAGUCCUAUGGAUCUGACUGUUUCCCCAUUUGCUGACAUCAGUGCCAGGCUUUUUGAAAGCGAACCAUUACCUACUAUAGCAUCUCCAGAAGAUAAGCCCGAAAUGGUUUUUUCAACUGGAAUGCCCAACUUGUUAAACGGGUCUACUACUCCUGCUAACGGUGACCCAGAGAUGAGUCCUGAGCCUGUGCCUUUAAUCUCUGUUAGUCUUCUGUUUGCAGGAGUCAUUGCUGCUAGAGUUGGCCUUUGGUCCUUUGAUUUGACUGUCACGCAGUUGCUCCAAGAAAAUGUGGUAGAAUCUGAAAGAGGAAUCAUAAAUGGUGUCCAAAACUCCAUGAAUUAUCUGCUUGAUUUGCUGCACUUCAUCAUGGUCAUCUUGGCCCCAAAUCCUGAAGCUUUUGGCUUAUUGGUGCUUAUUUCUGUGUCUUUUGUUGCAAUGGGCCACAUAAUGUACUUCAGAUUUGCCCAGAAAAGCUUGGGAAAACAACUUUUUAUUUGUUGCACUCCUGAUACCAAAGCAGUCUCUGACAGUUCACCACCUGGUAAUACAUCUACUGUCUGAAAGGAUCCACUUCUCUUACUAACCUGCUAGCGCUACACAAUUAUCAUGGUUAAAACCUAUCCACGGCCUUUUAUGACCCUGUCUAAGGUGUUUCUUUAGAGUUGAAUACGUAACUUUGCUGUUUGAGGAAG